AUGUCAAAGAUCUUAAAACCGACGAGGCUUGAUCUUGAUCAUAAUGCACCAACUGCUUCAAAAGAAUGGAAGAAUUGGAAACGAACAUUUGAAAAUUUCAUUGAAGAUUGUGGAGAAAAUGCUCCAGACAAAUUUCGCUCCAUCAUUAAUUUUGUUUCAUCAAAUGUUUAUGAUUACAUUGAAGAGUGUGAUUCCUAUGAAAGUAUAAUUGAAACCCAAGAAAACUUAUAUAUAAAAACCCCUAAUAAAAUUUUUGCAAGGCGUCAAUUACUUAUAAGACAUAAAACAUCGAGUGAAUCCUUAGAAGACUCUCUUCAAGAACUACGUAAACUCAGUAAAAACUGUAAUUACAAGGAUGUUUCAGCUGAACAAUAUCGAGAGGAACAAAUAAGAGAUGCUUUUAUUUCUGGAAUAAAUUCGAAUUACAUUCGUCAACGACUUCUUGAAAAUUCAACACUGAAUUUGCAAUCAGCAUUUAAUUAA